AUGAGAACCAAAUCUCCCCUGCAACUGCUCACCAUUCUUCUGGUCUUUUCAUUUGUUCUCUCUUCUGCUGCUGGACAAACCAGAAGGCUUUUGUCACACAGAGAAAAUCUCCCAACCCAAAUUUCAUCUGAUAAGGCUAUAAUUUAUACCCUUGGUGUUCAGGAAUUGAGAAAUGGAGAAGAAGUGUUUGAUGUGGCUGAAGAGUUGAUGGUGGAGAGAGGGAUUGAUUUGGAAAGUGAUGAUUAUCCAGGGACAGGAGCAAACACUAAGCAUAAGCCCAAGUCACCACCAGGAGCAACUUGA